AUGGCUUACGGUUCGGUCGCCACGCUGAGUACUGUCGAGACCAGAACUGGUAGCAACGAACCUGCCGCACCGUCUUCGAGACAGCACAAUAGGCUUCAUGGCUAUGGCCAACUUGUGGGCGUCUCUAGCGUUCCACUCAUCGGCUCAGAGCGUCCGAAUGCUCCAGUUACGACUAUGCUUCCCCGAGCCGUCAGCGUCCCGCAGUCUUCGCGUCCAGUAACUACGCCAGCCGACGAGUAUGCCAGACUCACUCGCAGGCAGCGCCGCGACGCCAGAGAAAAGAAGCGUAUCCAGAAGGCCGCACGGGCCGCUAGAGAUGAACUCUACAGGGCCAGACAGGUCGUCAAGGAUGCUCAAGAGGUAGCUAGAGUUGCGAGGGUACACGCUUCUAGAUACUCCUACAUUCCAGCGCCCAGAAACACCAGGGCAGUCUCUUCGACUCCACGUACUGUCAAUGUGAAGGGCAAGAAGUCCAAGAGCAAGCCUUCAAGCUCGGUUCAUUCAGCCCCCACGGACAUGGACGAAACCUGGUCUUGGAUCAAGGAGAGUUCGUCAGCAGCCUCUCAGAAUGGCAGCGCGCAUGCUCGUCACUGA